AGGACCUCAUUCAUCAUCGACUUCCUCACUUUCGUUUUCGUGUCGACCGAGUAGAUUUUCGAUUUUCUAUGCAGAACAUGUCACCCUCGUCUGUUGACUUAAGAUAUUAGUGAAGUGCAUACACCUGCUGCCCCCUCGAAUUCAUAAUCCCUUGAAAUUUUCUUUAGGGCUUACUAGGCUGAGCAAGCACGGACGAGUUGUUCGUUGAUAUUUUUACUAUUGAUUUUUGAUAAGUGCCUCUCUUGAACCCUUUUGUAUGUGUUUUUUGUAAAUUUGAAAACAAGAAAUUCAAAUAAGCUGUCAAGUGCACGAACAUCGAAGCCUCGCCCUGAAACUGCAUGAUCACGAGGCGCCUGUAGUCGCAGCCGCACCGAAUUCGUUGUCUGCCGCGUUUAACGUUCGUCUCCCGCAGCUCAGUGUACCAGUGGACCACAGCGACAGCGAGUCUUUCUCUCCGCGACAAGGAGCGUUCUUGUAGCUGCCCGAGCCCGACGCCGACGCACAUCCAAUUCCAAAUUUUCGGACCCUGAAGACCAUACCCAAACUCGUUGAAUCGGACAGCUGUCCUUAAAACGUUCGCAACGUCAGCUCUUCUUCCAUCUUCGUCUGUGGUGCUCACUGCACGAUGAUACGGAAAAGAACCCGGAGGCGGUGACGACGCCCCGCACCUUGCCGAAAGGAAAACCUAGGGGUCCCCCGCCGACAGCUGCACCUGUUGCAGCGCACAGGAACGGGAGAAGUUGACAGUAUUUUGCUCGUCUCCACCCAGCGAGGAAAGUUUCGACCCUGUUGAGUUGAAGGACCUUCUUCUAUCUCCCAAGAACCUUCACAACAAUGGGCGCCGCGUGUACGAAGUUUCUCAUCUAUGAGGUGGUUGCGGUCGCUGCAGAGUUUGAGGCCGCGCACCUCCAGCAGCAACCAGAGAUACGGACGUACCCAUAUGACGAACGGGUUCACGGCACAUCAAAAAAAUCGUCGUCGUCAUCUUCGAGUAGCUCAUCGUCGAAGUAUCGAAAAGAGGACGAUGUUCACGUUACGGAGAUAAUUCUCCCUCCACCACCGAGCCAGUCCCCAGUAGGUGCAAAAAGUGGUGGCGCGCCGUCAACGUCGUCGUCCUCCUCCUCCUCAUCCUCAAGCACCGCUGGCAGGACGAAAAAUACCAGAAAUUUGAUAGAAACGAACAAAUCGCCAUCGUCCUCUUCAGCAAGCGGGACCGGCACGAUACACACGUAUGAAGACUCGGCAACCGCAGCCGGUGCCGAAAUGGUACUAGAAAAAAGCGCAGAGGAGUACAUCCGAAACCUCGAAAAUCCAUUCAAGGCGGGCAGCAACAAAAACAAGCGAAAAAUGCAAACCGACGCCGAUGAGCAGGCGUUGCUUAUCCAGGAAAAAACACCCAUCCACAUCCAAUUUGUCAUGCAAAACAUACAUAAAGUUCUGUGUUUGUCAUGCAAAAAAUGGAUAUGGAUGGGUUUUUUUUCUGUGGAUACUGCUGGAUCUGACCACAUGCCGCGCGCCGGAAUCGUGGCGGGGCUGCCAGCCAAUGUCCCAGUGGCUAGUGCACAACUCCGACCCCCUGAUCAAUGGGUGGCGCGUCCUCGAGGUGCAGUUUUUCAGCGACCGGAAGUGUGAAAACAAACUCAAGUGGAACACGCCACUGUCAGCGCGGUUCCUCUCUUGCGGCCAGCAAGGACAAGGGUAAUAUUUGUUUAGUGGUUCUUUCACGCAUGCUAUCUAUGUUUUCAAAACCCGCCCAUCAACAUGCUGACUCCGAAGCAAUGUAGUAUGCCACUGGCCGCGGGCCAUGCCGAUUGAGAAAAAAUGACGUUAGUAGAGCUACUUGGUUUAUACUGCCACCCACGCUCGGCGAGCAUCAGUAGUGAUCUUGUGAUACAAACAUCAUCAACGUUUUGCAGGUUUGCCCCCGUGAAUGGCAUGGAUAACAAGCCUCAGACGCAAUGGAUCAGCGAGUGCGGUACGGAAUCUUUGGACUGCGACGGUAUACCCAAUGCACCAUCAGACCCCAAUCGGGACAUGUGCAGAUCGUUCGACGAUCGCUACAACGGGCAGACGCCGUCCGAGGCCAACUAUAAGGGUACGUACAUAGGUGCGACCUUCGCAAGCCCACAGGCCGUCCAAUGUGUGCGACUCCUGCAGGCCGGAGCUCCCUACCGCUCUGACCGAGUAUCUACUUUUGAUUUCGGUGGCUCUUGUUUCGGCACUGUCGGUGUUGCAUUCCGAGCGACUACAUAUUCGACUGACUUUCAUUUUCCAUAGCUGCAGCGCUGUCUGUCAUGGAAUAUCACAAGAAUGGGUGCGAUGAAUGAAAUUGAAUCUCAUCGACAAAGAAAAUAAAAACUUCAGCUAACUGUGACGUCACACAAUCAAAACGAUUGCUACAUAUGCGCCCAUGGAGCCAUGCCACUAGCGGACACGUUUCAGGAUGGAUUCGACACCUACAUCGGCACACCAGGGCUCAAACUCGAGCUUUACACAAAUGUACGGAAAGUUUCUUUAUGACAUUGAUGGCCGCUAGUAUGUAUCAUGUUGCUCAUGUCUAGUACGAAUAGCCUACUGGUACUGAUGCAUAGAUUGACAAGUCAGAUCAUCAUGGUAGCUGCACCAGUGUUGCUUAUUUCUAUUUGAAGCUGAUGUUGAAAUAACAAAAACAAAACAGCUGCGAACAUGGGACAACACGCAUAUGCCCCAAAAUUGGCCAACAACCUGGGAAGGUGUAGUUAGGACGGACAACCUCAAUGUGACCACGAACUCCUCCGACAUUAACUAUCCGCGGUCGCCGGACCCAUGGCGUAUUUUUUUUCUGCCUGUUUGAUUGAUGAGGCUAAGCCAAACAAAGGCACUUCUUCUGUUCUGCAAUCAGAAUGAUCAAACGAUUUCAUAAAUGCAUGAAGUCAACACCAAACUACAAAACAGGACCUGGAUGGCCUCACCCGAAGCAGGAGUACAUAGCGAGGUGGCAGGGCUUGUUGCGAAUCAUGACUACGGGACCAUACCAGUUUCUGUUGCAGUGUGACACAGAAGCCCGCAUGUACUUCGGAUCCGGGGAAGACAGGCAGCUCGUCUUGCAGAAUAAUGGCUCGGCAUCACAGUUGGUCGGCUUAUACUAUGAGGCAGAGCUUUCGAUGCCGGUAAUUUUUUGUAUUUUUAUUAUGAAUUUAAUAUCUGGUGUGCUUCCUCACCCUACUGGUACUGGGGGUCUGAGUCAAGGAAAAUAUACGAUCUCCAAUCACGCAGCUUCUCCCGAGCUCGAGCACCUGCGGGUGCAUCGAGCCAGUUUAUUUUGCUUUCAAAGCAAGCUAUUUUUUAAAUAUUCUGACUCAUGAUCACCGACGGCAGGUAUUGGAGGCCGGUGUGCGCUACUUCGAGGUUCAAUACAAGCACCUGACAACAUCUCCGGGCGGUAUGGUAAAUGACCAGAAUGGUAUCAUUAUUUCCUACAAAGGCCCAGAUACGAUACCCACGGAAACCACGACAACCACUAUGGGUAUGCCAGUAAAAACCAAGAAUGACGGCAGGCCGCCUACCACACUCCCGCCGCCAAGCGUCAUGGACAUCGCACUGUGGAAGGUAAGCAGGAAGCUGUCGUUGUAGCUGCUAGUUUUACAUAGCAAUAUCCGUAAUGACGUUGCUCUCAAUACAGUAGUUUUGGAUGCCGGCCUCCAGUGUGGAUAUUUAUUUUGAACCGGGAAAAGUAGAAACGUCACAGGUUCUUCCCCCCGAGUCCAUGAUGCGCGGCAUUACAGACGACGAUGCGGUGUCGAACUCCGUGUACAUCCUCGAACCGAAAAAGCACUGCCACAGCAUCCGAUACAGAAUUUUCGGGGACCGACCCGCAGCACAAGCAGCAUGCGAUGCUGACCCCACUUGUGGAGGCAUAUACGGUAUGAGGAUUUAUAGAUUCAUCUCUACAAACUCAAACAGAAGCUUCUAUUUCUCGUAAGGAUGGUGUGCCUCUUCCGUGGAGAGGAUUCGCUUGGUAUGGAAUUGGAAAUUUUGAUUUGUAUUAGCCUGUGAGGGCUGGGCGUGGUCGCGCUAGCUCCUGCCUUGAACUAACGGACAAAAGCGAACCACACGACAAUUCGGUAGUUGCAUGGAGGUUCCUUCGUAAAAAAAGAGUAAAGGAAUGAUGAAGUAAAAGUCGGCCGAUAUUUCUACCGGCACGACCAACUCACCCCUUCAUCGAUCAGGUCGCGACUGCAACAUAGCAGAGGACACGUAUCAAGGGCUCUACCUCUGCAAGCUACCUGUUGGACAGUCCCGUCUUGUCCUCGGAAAUCGCACCGAAUUCAUCUCGACGGAGAACAGUUGUGUUUAUGUGAAGUAUGACGCUUCAGAAACGACAACAUUCCCACCAAUCACUGCCGGACCGUUGGGUAGCGCGAAUCGCAAGACCGACACGGGUAUGCAGUGCAAAUAUUUCUCGCUCAGGGUGAAUGUGGAGGCUUGCAUGAUGUCUCUUCGCGAUCAACUUCGAGAAGUAUCGGUCAUUUUUCUGGCAGAGGAGGCAUUCGAGCAUUUGCGUACUGUUGAAUGAAAAUACGCAAGAACUCCGAAUCAAUUUUUCAGCUUCUCGAGUUCUGCAUGAAGAGUUCUAAUCAUUUGUGUUGUGCUCCUCACGGGCACAUUCAAAUUCAAUGCAGCCAUGCACAGCAAAUAUGGGGAUGGCGAUAAUAAAAAGACAGACAGACCAGGCCACUUCCAUUCCCAAAGACGUGCUGCAUUUAUUCCCCUGACCAGGACAUGUUUUCAUUGCAUAGCGGCUUUUGCGGCCAUGCUGUUGACUGCGGCCGGGACUGUGGCCGGAUACCUCUUGUAAUGUCAAAUGGUUCUCAGCCUGCUUCAACGUACAACAAGACAAACGAAGCAAACUAACCCGACUGUAACAAUCUCAAUCACCACUGCACUGACUCGACCUUGAGCUUUUUUACUCUAUGUUGUAUGCUUCUUAAAUUCCAAACUGAAUUUAAUAGUGUAGCUGUAGUUUACUCAAAAAACAAUAAAAGCAAAUUAUAUGCGUACUUUCCUGAAACAAGUUUGCACAAGACUGUCUGCGAAGCUGUCUUUCUCUGUUAAUCUGUGUAUGCGUGCCUGUCUUUCGACUUCGCUAAUCUGUUUAUUCUUGUCCGAAAACCAGACUGAAACAACUUUUUUAGAGUUUGCUGACCAAAAGUCCGCACGGCGGAUGUCCUCGCAUGGCGAGGGAAUACGGAAGUGAAGCCAAAGAGAGCUUUUGCAACUCACUAGUUGCAGUUAUUUUACAGUAUAUUAUCUGAAAGCAAAAACGCCAAAUGCUUGGAAAAUGAUUUCCCCCGAGCGUGCUGCAUCAGAGGCGAGAAACGGAGACACAGGUGCCGACGUUGUCUACAUCUACUCUACUUGUACUUCCCUCACCUGUACUUGUACAUUACUUCGACAACGGUCGACACAACACAGUUGCAUUAGCGGCCCGAGGACUUGGUCGGCGGAGGGUAUUUAAAGAUACCACAAAGUCCGCCUGACCAGCUCAACUGGACACAAAAAAAAAGCUAGCGCCGUCCAACGAAUGCAAGAAGUGUCGUGGUGACGAUCUAGAUUUCUCCAGGUGGUCGAGCAGUCACUGAUGCUGAUUCGCUUCUUGUACCAUGCGCAUCAAGCGCCAGCACCUAAAUUCGAACGGAAUUUUUCUGCUAUGAGCUUCUUUUACUUCCUUCACUAUUGACGACUGAUGCUUCGAAGUACUUCCUGUUCCUGACGAUAAAAUCUAAGACUGAGACUGCUGCUUUGAGUUUUAUUUACUGCGAUUUCCCUUUAGCUUUAGAAUUAGUUCUUGGCCGUUGUCUUCCGCCAGUGGUAGUGGUGUGUCGUUGUCGACGCUAGAUGCAAUAUCAAUAAAUCCAAGUUGUUGGCGACACCGAUGACAUAGCGCUCGUUCGACGAAAACAGCGACACACUUCACUCUGUGCCGGCCACUAACCCUGAUGAAGAAGUGCCCGACGCGGAAUCGCAUUUGCACCGAUAGUUGUACAAACUGUAGAAACAAAAGACUCUCUGAUGAGGAAGCAGAACAAAACCAACGCAGUGUCAGGGCAACAGAACCCGGACGUUCCUGUUAAGUAAUGGCG